AGGCAAAAUUGCCAGAAGGGGAAGGGAAAUCCAUCAAGUGUGAAAGCCGUCGUUACGUUCAAUAUUCGUCCAUCAUCCCUGUAAUCACGAUGAUGUUAAUGGUGAUGGCCAGACCCAUGAUGAGGGGUUGGUACACGUCUAUAUAUUCUAACCUCUUGUUCCAUUCCUCCCCAGCUAAACAAGCCUUCGUCCCUUCUUCUUCUUCUCUCUCCAACCGUCCCAAAGCCAGUUCUUACCUUGGAAGCCAGAGCAAGAGCCUCAUCAUGUCUCAAAGUGCUUCUGCUGCCGCUGCUGCUGUUGGUGGUGGAGGAGACCAUGAGAUCCCACGCUUUGAGAGGCCAAGAUACGUGGCGAAGAGGGUCCUCGCUGAGUCCCAGAAAGAGGGUGAAGGAGCAAACGUUAGAAGAAGCAUUGGAAGGCCUGAAUUAAGGAACUUGGAUCCUUUCCUUCUGCUAGAUGAAUUCUCAGUUUCGCCUCCUGCCGGAUUUCCUGAUCAUCCUCAUAGAGGAUUUGAGACCGUGACGUACAUGCUUGAGGGAGCCUUUACUCAUCAAGAUUUUGCCGGGCACAAGGGCACCAUCUCAACUGGCGAUGUGCAGUGGAUGACUGCCGGCAGGGGUAUUAUUCACUCAGAAAUGCCUGCACGGGAGGGAGUCCAGAAGGGAUUGCAGCUUUGGAUCAAUCUCUCCUCAAAGGAUAAAAUGGUUGAGCCACGAUACCAGGAGCUACUGAGCAAGAACAUAAGCAUGGCUGAGAAGGAUGGGGUUGAAGUUCAGAUCAUAGCAGGGGAAGCAUUUGGUGUCCAAUCUCCAGUUUACACCCGAACUCCGACGAUGUUUUUGGAUUUCACAAUGAAGCCAGGUGCCCAGUUGCAGCAGCCCAUCCCAGAUUCUUGGAAUUCCUUUGUGUAUAUCAUUGAAGGGGAGGGGAUAUUUGGAGGAGAGGACUCGACUCCAGUAACGAGCCACCAUUGCCUUGUGCUGAGCCCUGGGGAUGGGAUGAGGGUAUGGAAUAAGUCGGCGAAGCAGCUAAGAUUUGUUCUGAUCGCCGGGCAGCCGCUCAAUGAGCCUGUUGUCCAGUAUGGUCCAUUUGUUAUGAACACACAAGCUGAGAUUCGACAGGCCAUGGAGGACUAUCACUAUGGGAGGAAUGGGUUUGAGAAGGCCAGGCAUUGGAAGUCUGAGCCGCUGUUGCAUUGAUAAGAACAUGAAUGCAGCACAAGAACCAACACUGUUGGAUUUGAUGGAGAAUCUGAACUUCAUUUGUGGUGUUAUAUGUUGUUUGGUGAUCAACUUAGAAUUACAAGGGUCAGUGGCAGUUGCAUGAGCCAUAUGGAUUUGGGAUUCUGCACUCUUCUUUUUAUCCCCUUUAAAAUGAACUUUUUUUUUUUUUUUGGUUUCAUAAAUGUGUGAGAGGAUAUAUCUGAGAUCUGUAGUCAAUUCUUUCAGUGGGGUUUGUUUCUUAGUGGUGGAGCUUGCUCUUUUCUGAGGUGUGUAAGGAUGUCGAAAAGAUUUAUCUGUAACAAUUCAAGUUUUCAUGAUUUAAUUUCAUGUUCUCCUGAAAUGAUUUGACAGGGA